GCGCCGUUUAACGAAAGCUUCACCGACCACCGGCGGCGUUAGCUUCUUAAUCUCUCCUCACUCACGAAGAAGAAUUUUGGAAAUGGGAAGAAGUGCGAGCCACCUAGAUGACGAUGAAACUAACGAUAGCUCUUCUCCAACAGACUAUAAAAUAGCUGAUCAGAAGCUACGUUCCAAACAUUCAGAGACGGAGCAACGCAGGAGGAGUAAAAUCAAUCAAAGAUUUCAAAUUUUGAGGGACCUGAUACCUGAAAAUGAUCAAAAAAGAGAUAAAGCUUCGUUUCUAUUGGAGGUUAUACAGUAUAUCCAGUUUUUACAGGAGAAGUUGCAGGUCUACGAGGGCUCUUGUCAAGGUUGGAGCUUGGAGUCCACAAAGUGUUUGCCUAUGCAGGUUGGCUGUCCAACAAAACUUUCUUACAUGCCUCAGAGAAUUAAUUCUGGGCCAGAUGCAAGCUUUGUCGAUCAGACUCAAUUUGAAAGAAACUUUUAUGGUCACGAAGACGAUGUUCAUCCUGCCCUGCUAAGUAAUGUGCAGAACCCAGUGGAAUCUGACUUAACUGGAGCUACCUUAUAUAAAUCAACAGAUAACCCACCCAUGGCAACACAAGCCCCUACUAUGGCCAUGCCACUUCCAGCAGCUAUAUUUGAGAGUUUGCCUGGCCAGCCCCAAGGAUCUUUUACUGAAGCAGACCAAUUAAACUUUUGGCAGGGUAGGUCAUGUGCAGAUGAUUGUUCGGUUCCUGUAUACUCCUCAAAUGGGGAAGAACUGAAGAGUGAGAGUGAUGAAGCUAGUAUCUCAAAUGUCUACUCUCAAGGGUUGUUGAAUUGCUUAAAAUGUUCACUACAGUCGUCAGGAGUUGAUUUGUCCCAAACCAACAUUUCCGUGCAGCUGGACGUUGGAAAACAAACUACCAGCAAUAAUACCAAUCCCGUAUUCUCUAUCAAGGGUCAAGAAAAUGCCUCCAGUCUCUGCUACCGAUCUUCUAUAAAUGCUGGGAAGCAUUAUGAGCACCCUCCAAAAAGGUUGAGAGGUGACGACACCUAGAGUAACUUUGAGAUACUACAAUUUUUGUUCCAUGUUCCCCAGAUCCCGUUUCAGUUUUCGUUUGUGAGGGGCAAGAUGUUCUUACAUCCAUCCAAAAGCAUGUACCAUUGCACUCGACUAUGCUUUGCUAGGCAUCUCCGCAGCUUCAUUUAGUAUUUCUGUUGAGAGACUUCAUCCUAGCAAGCUAAAGGUGGCUUUUGAAUUUAAUAUGGUAACGAAGUAGCUGUGAAAUUUAGUGUGCGCAGAUAUAUGAUUUCUUCCAGCAAGGGAGAAACUAGACUGGUUGGUGGUAGUAGCUAUUGAUAUUUGUUCUAUUGACGAUGAUCCUCUUGGUUCGGUUAAGAUUUGUUGUCCCAUUUAUUUCUA